AUGGAGCGCACAGAAUCCGCGGAUAGCAGCUCUACGCUGUAUAAAGUUAUGGUGAACCGUAAAAUUGUCGAGAAGGUGCAGAUGAAUAUGCAUACGCACUCCGCCCCCUCACCAAUUGCCCAUAGUGGGGCAGCGUGCUCCAACCGAGCUGCCGACUGCGACGAAUUGGAUGAGAUUGAAAGGCUCACCAGGGAAAAUAGACUGCUUGAGCAGAAGUACCAGGAUACGUUUGAAGCGCUUGACAAGGUACGGCAGACUGCCCUAGAAGCUUCCGAACGCGCUUUAUCGCGUGAGUUCCGGAUCGCCUUUCUUGAAAAGGCGCUCCACGGUUGUGAAGUCAGCCUCAAUGAGGCGAAGGAUGCGCUACACGAGCAUGAUAAAGGCAUCCAAAAGGUGAAGCGGGAAACGCAGAAGGAAUUAGGAGUGCUCCAGUCGCAGGUGGAGCGACUCAAUGCCAUGGUGGUGGAGAAAGAUGCGCGCAUCCUGGAGCUCAUAAAUGAUUUGACUCGACAGCGCAACACCGUGAAUGAGCUGACUCAGCGCAAGAGCGAUUUGCUAAAACAGCUUAAAGACAUGUGCGAGAAGCUGAACACCGUCGUGUGGGAAAGCAAUCAGAGGGAGAAGUUGCUCAACAACGUGGAGAGUGAGCUCCGAAAGCGUGAGAUGGAGCGCCAGGCAGCUUUCCUCACUGAGGUGACGCGCAGCAAGCGUCUGCUGGUCGGCAUAAAGGUGAAGGAGAACAUGCUAAACCAGAUGAUCAGCACAAAAAACAAGAAAAUUAGCGAGCUCGAGCAAAAUGUGCAAAAACUGGUUGCCAAGAUUUCGCGCAUCAGCGGCGUCUUCAACGACAUUAAUUUCAAUGUGGAGACUCCCAUAGCAUUGACAACGUGUGACAACCAGUGCAGCCAAGUGGAGUGCAACCUUGCGUCUCCGUGUAACGUGCAACUACUCUCAGGACGCGCCAAGGUGUUACUAUAA